AUGCCGACCAAGCAGGCAAAGUCCAAAGCCGCCUCUUUUGAUCCUUUCAUCUCUCUUGCCCAAGUCGUGCAUGGUAUUGGGCGUUUCAUCGUCGUAGCCUACGUCGCAAAUGCAGACGACGACCCAUUAGCGACGCAACUCGAGGACCUAGGAUUUGAAUUACCGAACUUGGAUGGAAAGAGUAACGGAGAUGAAAGUGGAGAGCAAUAUGUCGUGUUUGAAGUUGGUCAACUCGGCGCUUCACCUUGUUGGUGGAGUGGCAAAUGGACGAUUGCGGAUGUACGAGCAAUAGCCGUUACUGGAGGCGUAGACGCGCAGCAACAUAUCGUCGACGCUGCUGCGCAAAACUUUUGCGAGGGGAAUCUGUACAUUGGUGGUAUCUUACAGGGAGAUGAAGCGGAGAAAGAGAGCCUGACGCAAUCCUUGACGCAAACGCAAACGCAGACUCAAACGCAAUCGUCAAAGAGCUCGCCUACAACUGGACCCUACCUUAGUAUAAAUCCUGCUGGAGGUGGUGCCUCUCAUCGAAUCGCACUCCACGCACUCUCGACUAAAGACGCAUCUGAACGGGUUACAAACGUCCUCUUCGCCAUCUUCUCUCACAUAUCCACUCAAACUCACGAACCGGCCCAUCUCUUUCCGCGCCCUUCAUCAUCGACAGCAGAAAGCGAAGAAGAGGCACGGUUAGGGAGAUUGGCAAGGGAGAAUGCGGCAAAGAAUGAGGAACAGAUGGCUCAAAUGCGCGAGAUGCAAAAGAAGAUUGACGCGCUCGAAGGCAAAACGAUCACUCAGCGACCCGUCCCAGGUCGCACAAAGGGUAUACCUCACAAAAAGCCACGAGCUGUCCAAGCACAAGAGUUUGGCGACAGCGACGAGGACGAAGGUGACAAGGGUCCCAAGAAGAAAAAGUCGAAAAAGUAG